AUGGAUCGAAGGCUUUCGACAUCCAGUGAGGCGGCUGCCCAUCGUGAGAUUGAAGAGACUCUACACACUACACUCUAUCCGGGCACUGAAGUCAUGACCGACAUUGGUGGCCUCCACUUCAAGCACGCUGGAAAGAACGUACUCGUGCCCCAACCAUCUGACGAUCCCUCCGACCCGCUCAACUGGAGUUUCAUGUGGAAAAUGGCUAUCAUGCUGGGCAUGAACAUCACCACAUUUUCCUGGACUGUCGGUCCACUAGCCAUCUCAUCUCAAGUGCCGUACUAUAUGGCCGAGUGGAACAGGAGUCUUUCCGAUGUCGUUCAAUUUGUCGGCGUGAGCAUCCUCGUGCUGGGGUUUUCCAACAUCAUCUGGGUACCGAUAGCCCGUGCCUAUGGGCGUCGUCCUAUGGCUCUCCUGGCAAAUCUUCUCAAUGUGGCUUCGAUGAUUUGGCGAGCAGAAGCAAAGUCGUACGGCUCGUUCUUGGGAGCAUGCGUUCUCACCGGCAUUGCUUGCGGACCGUCCGAGACACUGCCUGGAAUGUUGGUCGCGGACGUGAUAUUCCUCCACCAGAGGGGGCUCUACAUGAGUUUGUAUCUCUGGGUUGCCUGGUCCGGCACAUUGCUUGGUCCUGUCAUCGCUGGAGUCAUGUCGGACAGGUACGGUUGGAGAAGCUUCUGGUGGCUAUGUGUCGCCAUCGCCGUCUUCUCGACGGUCUUCCAAGUCUUUCUCAUGCCCGAAACACGGUGGGGGGAGCGUCACGUUGUAAUUGCGCACGACCCCGUCGGUGAAGGGUCCGAAACCAAUAUCGAGGGUGACAAGAACGAAGCUCGGUUUGAAGAGACGAUUCAUCGACCAACCGAUACAUCCAGCGCCCACGAGAUCGUCGUCAAGCUGACAGGGAAACCCAGCCGGGCGCAAUUCUCCCUCUGGGGGAAACUUGACAAGUCGAGCACAAAGGGCAUUAUUCCCGCGCUCGUUAUGCCAUUUCGACUGUUCACAUACCCGAUCGUCUUGUGGUCGAGCUUCGCCUUUGCCUGGGCUGCAUCGAUGCUCGUGAUCAUCAACGUCACCCAGUCCCAGGCCUUUGCAGGACCGCCCUGGAACAUGUCGGCGACUGACGUCGGGUACACAAACUUUGGCGCCCUGGUCGGAGUGGUGCUGUCUCUGGUCAUUGCAGGCCCGUUGAGCGACUGGGUCUCGGCGUUUCUCACGCGACGAAACAAGGGCAUCAGAGAGCCCGAGAUGAGACUGGUUGCCCUGACGCCCUUUAUCGUGAGUUGCUUGCUGGGCGGUGUCCUGGUCGCGGUUGGGUACCAGCACCAAUGGAGCUGGGAAGCCAUCGUCAUUGGUGGUUACGCUCUCCUGGGAUUCGUCCUGCCCGCGCUAUCUGCCAUCUCCUUGACCUAUUCGAUCGACUCCUACAAGCCGGUGGCCGGAGAGAUUCUAGUCGGAGCGACAAUGGUGAAAAAUCUGUGGGCGUACGGCAUGACCAAAUAUUUCAACAACUGGAUCGCCGAAGUCGGAUACAUCAAACCCAUCAUGUUCGACACUGCACUUGCCAUCUUCUUUUUCCUCCUGGCCGUACCACUUUUCUUUGUUGGCAAGAAGUUUAGGGGAUGGACGAGAAACAGCGCGGCUCAUCGUGAAAUCUGA